AUGCCGAGCCUGUUCUCCCGCAUCAGGGGCAAGGACGGCCAGGGCAAGCUCAAGUCCAAGAAGGGUGCUGGCCUCGGCGGUCUGGCCGAUCAGCUGCCCGCGAAGCCGCGCUGGGAUGAUGCGUACACGCGCACGACUGUGGAGGCCGAAGAGAUCGUUGAGUUGGUGCAGCGAUGUUCAGCCGAGCUCAAGGCGCGAGCCCUUGACCACCCGUUUUUGCUGCUGCCGUUCCGUCCGACCUCUGAUCCGAGUGCCGUGCGCAUCUUCAUACGCCACUUUUUCGAUGAGAACCACAGCCUCCACGGGGAGGCUCUCGCGCAGGAACUGCGCAUGACCGAGCCCAUGGUUAUCUCGGGUGUGUUGAAAUGGUGCUGGAGUCGGUUGCAGGGUGGUGUGGUCGGUUGGGACGCCUACGAGCUGUUCAAAGUGGGAGAGCAAGAUUCCAGCUUCGCACGCAACGCAUUCACUACCUUCAUUCCUCUGAGCGUCGAGAAUGACGCGCGUACCAAGAUCAUCUUUUAUUACUUCGACCUUCUGUCUGCCAUCGCCGCCCACGGCAAGACGAACGGCUUUGGAGGCCGCAAGCUCUCGCGCAUGGCGUCCUGGUGGGCCUUUGAGCACAAGGACACGGGUAAUGGGUUCGAGGGUGGUUACAAAUUCUGGCUCAGCGCUGCUGAUGCCACGAGCCAUCUGUUCUUCGCCUAUCUGAGGUCCUUGGCUCCCCAACCAUCCGUUGGUGGUAUUUCCAUGCUUCCAAUGUCCCUUCAGAAACUACUACAGGAAACUGAAUACCCACCCCAAAAUCCUUCGUUGAUGCAGUCGUCUACCUACAGGGUUGUCAUGGUCGUCGACACCGUAUCGCCAACGCCGUUUGCGCUGCUGCGCCGGGCUAAUCACUUCCAGUACCGCGAGGACGACAGGGCUCUAUACGAGUUCUCCGAGUACGAAGACCCCGUCAGAGCGCUGACUGAGGAAUGCCGAAGAGUCCUCAAGGCCAUCUCACUCGCCAACCAAUCGCAGGUCUCUAGUUCUAAGCACUCUACGGGACUCCGUGAUGCCUCGUGGUCGCGCUUUGAGGAUAUUGGAUUUGCAGGCACGUUGGAGGAAGAAGACGACGACGACGACAUGGCCAGGGCAGGCUCACAGAACCCCCGGGGCCUGAGAACGACGCCUGCUUCGGGGACGAACUUGGGCCGGCCCACCACCCCUUCUUGGGCAGACUUCCUGUCGUCCGGCUUUGUGGAUGACUCGCCUAACAGCCCGACCAACGUCUUGCUCCCCCCGGACAAGGUACUACCGCCCAUCGAUGCCAAUGUUCGUCAACGUAGCUCUCAAUCUCACCGCCCGCGACUGGAGAGCGUUCAGCAUCUAGAACCUGGUGAGCUCGCAAAUAUUAACCGAUUUGAUCUCGAUGAUGCCUUUUGGUGGGUUUGGAUGAGCAGUCUUGCCCCCGAGGAGACUGCCGAGCGAAAGUCAGCCUUUGGUCGAUGUGCCGUUAUUGAGACGGCGAUCCGCUCUGGUCGAUGGCUAGUAAUGGAGGAGAUGCUCAAGGGCGCGGCCCCUGAGCCUGCAGCAGGUGCAUACAUCGCGGAAAAGAAGGGCUUCUUCAGCUGGACGCGGCGCAACAAGGGAGUUUCGCGUAGUAAGUCUACAGGAAAGGGGACCCUUGACAAGGGCGACCGUCUGAAACCAGGUACCACCUUUGGCGCUGGACUCAGCAAGACCAGCAUCGGUCCAGACCAGCAAGCCAAGAUACAAGCAGCAGCACAGCAACUUCAAGCAAGCGAAGCUCAGGAACGUCUGUUGGCAUCACCAUUGCCAGAACGCCGUGGCCGCACAGAUGCCGACUUGAUGAAGGAGAAAACUAAUAGCGUGCUCACCUUGCAGCCGGUCAUCGUGAAGGAGGCUUCGCCAGCCAUGAAAUGGGCCAACAAGUACGACAAGGAUGCUAUCCGUGAAGCUUACCUGUCCAACACGAAUGCCGGCCGUGGUCUAGGCCAGGCCACCAUUCAACCCAAUGGCCACACCGAGACGAAUGGCUCCAUGACAAAUGGCAAUCAUUUGCCCGAAAUACCGGAGAAGUCGCCUUCCACUGCCGCUCUGCCUUCACCAGCUGCACCACCACCGCCAACCGUUGUGGAGCCUCAGCCCGUUGCGCCAGCUCAGGAGCCUGUGCGGGAGCCCGAGAAGGCCUUGGAGGAUGUCCACCCUGCCGAGAGACCUGCGCCUACUGGUCGCAACUCCCCACUGCCGCCGCCGCCACAAGGAGAGACUUCCAUGGAGUCAGCUCGGGCCAAUAUGCUCUCACCUGAGCCACCCAGUCCCGAGAGCAAGAAGCCGAAGAAACUUCACAAAGAGGUUCACAAAGAGGAGAAGAAGACUGGUGGCUUCCGUAAGCUGUUUGGCCGCAAAAACAGAGUCUCCAAAGUCCCCGACAAUGCGGCGACUGAUGUCAACGCCUUCCUGGCCCAGCAACCUCAGGCCGCCGCGCCUGAGGCCACUCCUGAGAGACCUGAGCCUGUUACCUCAGAGUCUGCAGUCAUGUCGCCAGGCGAAUCCGCCUUUGCAACCCCCGCAGAGCAACCUGAAGACAUUACCCCUACGCAAACCCCAGCAGCACCGGAGCCAACUUAUGACGCUUCGGUUGACGAAAACUUGUCCCGGGUUGACACAGCCGAUGUGAACGAAGCCAACCAGGAGUUCUCGCGUUUCGACCAAGGUCCUCUCUCUGACCAGCCUGCAUUCGUCCCAGAAGACGAAGACAGCGACGAUGAUGCUACACCACCCCCUAUUGCUCGGCACACGACGCUUCCGGCUGCGGUCCCUGAAGACGAACAUGAAGACGAUGACGAGGGAGCACCCUCGCCUGCUGUCCCCAUGCAAGAUCGCUGGGCGCAGAUUAGGAAGAAUGCAGCCGACAGAGCUCGCCAAAGCGAGGAACAGAGUCGGGGUGCACAGAGCAAGACCACGGACGACGAUGACAAUACAAGUGGCGAAGAGACCAUUGAAUCCCGUGUCGCCCGUAUUAAAGCUCGUGUUGCUGAGUUGACGGGCAAUAUGGAGACUACGACUGGACCUGGUAGUCGGACUCCUCCUUCUAGACGCUAG